AUGAAUUUUGCGAUCCAAUUGGCAAAUGUGGGUUCAAUCGUGUACUUCGUGUGCAUGCGAUAUAAAUGGCUGAACGAGAUCAAUGCCUCGCAUAUAUUUAUGGCUGUAGGGCUGGCAUCGUGUCUACUGUUGAUCACGUGUUGGGACAAGACGUUUGUGGUGGUGGGUAGUGAGCGGUCGGUGCCCUUAUUUGUGGCCACAUUUGGUUUGGCACUCUUGGACUGCGCGUUGUCCGUCAUAUUCUUGCCAUUUAUGGCCAGAUUUGAUAACAAUUAUCUCACGCCUUAUCUUAUCGGCGAAGGUUUGAGUGGUUUUCUUCCGACAAUCUUUGCUGUACUCCAAGGCGUCCAACAGAGCGAGUCGUGUGACGCCUAUAGUGAGAUGUCUGUGAAUGCGAGCGUUUCCGACGGCAAACACGUAUCGCGACUCAGAUUUUCGGCACAAUUUUUCUUCGUCUCGUUAUUAUUCACAUUAAUGAUCAGUUGGUUGGCAUUGAUUUUGCUACAAAUACUGCCCGUCUGUAAGCGAGAGGUCAGGCCUGUGGAGGCAACAGAGCGCCCAACAGAUUGCGAAAGCAUUCGCCGACUUCACGACAACCCUAUUAAGCGCUGCCCUACGGGAACUCCACUCUACACUACAUAGUCAUACUGUCCGGCCUGUCCUAUCCGUUCGGCUGCUUUCUGGCGAUGGUUUACAACAAACCAAAAU